AUGGAAGGCAAGAACAAGCUGGCGCGGAGGCGGCGCGCAGCGGGUGCGUACGGAGAUAGGAUACGACCUCCCACGGGCUGCUCGAGACCGUGUCCACGCGCCGCGUGCUCAGGGGAACGGGCACGGCCCAGGAGGGAAGGCGGGCACCGACCGAGGCGCGAGUGCAGGCGCCCUCCGGGCGAGGGGGGCGGGGCCGAGGGGCGGGGCUCUCGGUGGGCGGGGCGAGCCGUCUGCGCAGCUGCCGGAGCCUUUAAACCGGGCCUCGCGGGGUCGCACGGUGCUUUCGCCGCCAGGGAGCCUACCGGCUGCAUCUCCUCUCGUCUUCCACAGCACCCGGAGUUUCCCGACCUAGCGACCCCGGACUCGGUGCCGCCAUCCCGGGCGAUGCCCCGCUACGAGUUGGCUUUGAUUCUGAAAGCCAUGCGGCGGCCAGAGACCGCUGCUGCUUUAAAACGUACAAUAGAAUCCCUGAUGGACCGAGGAGCCAUAGUGAGGAGCUUGGAAAACCUGGGUGAGCGUGCACUCCCAUACAGGAUCUCCAGUCACAGCCAGCGGCACAGCCGAGGAGGGUAUUUCUUGGUGGAUUUUUAUGCCCCAACAAGUGCUGUGGAAAACAUGCUGGAACACUUGGCGCGAGACACUGAUGUGGUUAGACCAAAUAUUGUGAAACACCCUCUGACCCAGGAAGUAAAAGAGUGUGACGGCAUAGUCCCGGUCCCUCUUGAAGAAAAACUAUAUUCAACAAAGAGAAGGAAGAAGUGAGAAGAUUCACCAGAUGUGGCUAUGUUCAAUUCUAAGUGCACCAUGGGUGCUGAUAGGUUUGUCUAGGAUGCUUUAGCCUGUGACCAUUGUGCUGCAGAUGGGGACUGCUGGCCGAGACCUGCUCUGACAUCCCUGCUGAUAUUUCACCCUCACUGUGUGAUCGUCAGGGUGCGGUGGGGC